CGAGCAGACUGGAUUCCCGGAGGCUAACUGGCUAAUGAUUAGCCACCUCCUCCGGUGAUUCUCGGAAUCCCGUCGCCGUCCUUCCUUUAUAUGCCGACAUGGAUGACAUUUUAGUCAAGUGGAUGCUAGGUGAGGCUAGUGUGUUAGCGUUAGCGCAAUGUAUUAGCUUUAGCGCGACGGAUGAGAAGAUAUUUGAAGCCGAGGACCAAUUUGUUGCUGCUGGUGAGUUUCACUUGGCGGUUAAAGGAGCGGUCGUCACCAUGACAACGUCCAUGGCCGGCCUCCUCCUGCUGAGGCUCCUCCUCCUCCACAUCGCCCCGCUGACGUUGAAGGCGGCGAUGGCUCAUCCCAACGCUUCGUCUGCGUUCCCGACCGUGUCGCUUUUCCAACCACUCACUCAGCCCGAGUGCGCCAAGAAAGAACAUCCCAAAGUAUCCACACAAGCGCUUGGUCCGUGGAUGUCCACGUUCUCCUGGGCUGGCGUGCGGGAUUUCUCUCAGCUGACGCUCGACCUCGCCAGGAAUGAACUCAUUGUGGGCGCCAGGAACUUCCUGUUCAGACUUGACCUCAGCAACAUGUCUUUGAUCCAGGCGACGGAAUGGGCGCCCGACGACGAGACCAGGAGGUCCUGUCAGAGCAAAGGCAAGAUGGAGGUCGAGUGUCAGAACUACAUCCGAGUGCUGCUGGUAAACAAGACCCAAGUCAUGACCUGCGGGACCAACGCCUUCCAGCCCCUCUGCACCACCAGAGAGGUGGGCAACAUGAGCAAGGUGUUGGAGCGCGUCAACGGCGUGGCCCGCUGCCCGUACGACCCUCGCCACAACUCCACGGCCGUGCUGACCGAGCGCGGAGAACUCUACGCCGCCACCGUCAUUGACUUCUCCGGACGCGACCCCGUCAUCUACCGCAGCCUCGGGGGGAUGCCGCCGCUUCGCACUGCCCAGUACAACUCCAAGUGGCUCAACGAGCCGCACUUCAUCGCCGCGUAUGACAUGGGCCUGUUCACCUUGUUCUUCCUGCGGGAGAACGCGGUGGAGCACGACUGCGGCAAGACGGUGUACUCGCGGGUGGCGCGAGUGUGCAAGAACGACAUCGGCGGCCGCUUCCUGCUGGAAGACACGUGGACCACCUUCAUGAAGGCCCGCCUCAACUGCUCGCGCUCGGGCGAGAUCCCCUUCUACUACAACCAGCUGCAGAGCACCUUCCAUCUGCCCGAGCAGGACCUCAUCUAUGCCAUCUUCACCACCAACGUCAACAGCAUCGCAGCAUCAGCCGUUUGCGCCUUCAACCUUAGCGCGAUCACGCGCGCCUUCAACGGUCCGUUCCGCUCCCAGGAGAACCCUCGUUCCACCUGGAUGCCCACCCCCAACCCCAUCAGCAACUUCCAGUGCGGUACCAUUGAGGAUGAGGGUCCGAACGAGGGUCUGACGGAGCGCAGCCUGCAAGACGCCCAACGCCUCUUCCUGAUGAACGAAGUGGUGCAGCCCGAGUCAGUGGACCCGCUGGUCAUGCAGGACGACGUGCGCUUCUCCCACCUGGCCGUGGACAUCGUGCAGGGCAUGGACACGCUCUACCACGUCAUGUACAUCGGCACCGAGUACGGCAGCAUUCUGAAGGCACUGGCCACGUCCAACAAGAACCUGCAAGGCUGCUACUUGGAGGAGAUGGAGCUCCUCCCACCUGGCACGCGCCAGCCAAUCCUGAGCCUGCAGAUCCUGCACAGCGACCGCUCGCUCUUUGUGGGCCUCAGCGACCGAGUGCUGAAGAUCCCCCUGGAAAGAUGCUCCACAUACCACACUGAGACGCUGUGUUUGGAGGCCCGGGAUCCUUACUGCGGUUGGGAUAUGCGCCAGCGGCGCUGCACAACGCUGGAGGACAGCACCAACAUGAGCCAGUGGAAGCAGAACAUCACGGCGUGUCCGAUGCAGAACCAGACCACGCACGGCGCCUUUGGAGAUUGGACGGCGUGGCAGGCGUGCAACAACGACGACGGCGUGGACGGCGUCAGCUCGUGUUUGUGCCGGUCCAGGUCGUGCGAUAGCCCCGCCCCUCGCUGCGGAGGCAGGAAGUGCGAGGGCCCCACCAUUGAGGUGGCCAACUGCUCCAGAAACGGAGGCUGGACGCCCUGGUCGUCAUGGGGACAGUGCAGCACCAGCUGCGGCACGGGAUUCGAGCUGCGCCAGCGCUCCUGCAACAACCCGGCGCCGCGGCACGGAGGUCGCGUCUGCGUGGGGGCGAGCCGCGAUGAGAGGUUCUGCAACGAAGGCGUCUCGUGUCCCCAGCCGGUCCUCUGGUCCCCGUGGGGCUCAUGGACCAAGUGCAGCAGCGAGUGCAGCGGAGGGGUGCACUCGCGGGUACGCACCUGCGAGAAUGGCAACAGCUGCCCGGGAUGCGCCCUGGAGUACAAGGCGUGUAACCUGGAGGCAUGUCCGGAGGUGAAGCGGAACACGCCGUGGACGCCGUGGAUGCCGGUCAACGUGACGCAGGGCGGCGCGCGUCAGGAGCAGCGCACCCGCUACAUGUGCCGCGCUCGCCUGGCCGACCCGCAUCAGCUGCAGAUGGGGCGGCGCAAGCUGGAGACCCGAUACUGCCCCAACGACGGCACCGCCGCCUGUGACACCGACGACCUAGUGGAGGAGCUGCUUCGGACCCCGCUGGUCCGAGGGGCGGGCGGCCCCGGCUGGUCUUCGUGGGACUCCUGGUCCGGGUGUUCGCAGAGCUGCUCCAAAGGAUACCGCACCCGACGAAGAUCCUGCGCCGGACCGGAGGGCAAGAGCGCCCCCGUGGCCUGCAGAGGUUCCCCUGUGGAGUACCAGGACUGCAACGUCCAGGCCUGUCCCGUGAAGGGGGCGUGGUCGUGUUGGUCGUCGUGGUCGCAGUGUUCGGCGGCGUGCGGCGGCGGCCACUACCAGCGCACCCGAGCGUGCGGCAGCCCGCCGCCGACCGGCGGGGGCGACAUCUGCCUGGGGCUGCACACCGAGGAGGCGCUCUGCAACACGCACACGUGCGACGAUGCAUGUUGGGCCCCAAGGGAGCAGAUGGAGGUGCAGGCUGACAGUGGAGGUGGCUGGAUGGCCUGGUCGCUGUGGUCGGCCUGCGACGACUCGGGGGUGCAGAUGAGGACCCGAACGUGCGGGGCCGCCGGCGGCGCCCCCUGCAUCGGCAACACCACCCAGCGGAGGGACUGCAACGAAAUACCCGCGUUCACGUCCAUCCACCUGAUCGCCACCGGGGUGUCCUGCUUCAUGGGCGCCGGUCUUUUGUCCUUCCUGGUCUACGUGUACUGUCAACGCUUCCACAAGCCGUCGCAAGAGUCGGCCGUCAUCCAUCCGACCACGCCCAACCACCUCAACUACAAGGGCAACGCCACGCCAAAGAACGAGAAGUACACGCCGAUGGAGUUCAAGACGCUGAACAAGAACAAUCUCCUCCCGGACGAGCGCUCCAACUUGUUCCCGCCGUCGCUGCAGCAGGCCAACGUGUACACCACCACGUACUACCCGCCCGCCCUGGGCAAGUUCGACUACCAGCCCAACGCAUCGCCGUCGCCCUGCCGGACCUACAACCACACCAACAACAGCUGAGGCUCGCCGACUCCUCUCGGACCCCCCCCCCCCACCACCACCACUCCUCCGCCAAAACCGACCAAGCCCCGCCUCCCUGCCGUGAUGUAACAAGCUGGAACUUUCCGCAAGGAGAACGCGGCUUCGCAUGACGAAAGGAGCGGGAACUUGGACUAAGUGGGUGACGGCGAACUUCUGAAAGUCCUGCUGAUGACCACCGGAAAGAUGUGCAGGGGGGUGGGCGCAGUUGUAAAUAAUCCCACCCCCCACCCCGGCAGAAAGACUUCAAUGGAUCGUCCAGUCGGAUCGCUCCGAAGCAAAAUAGCGCGGCGGUCAUAUCAAAUAUGGCCGCCGCGCUGCAUUAAAGUGAGGGUUCGGAAUAAGCUAGUAGAUGACACUUCCUUUUCAAGAUGAACCAUAGAAAAUGGUUGAAAGUAGGGCUUCAAACCUGGGUUAGGGCGUCAAAAGUAAGGGUUUAACUUUGGGCUACAGUUUGAAAUAAAGGUGAGGGUUUUAAGUUAACGUUUCAGGUUAAGGGUUUAAAAAUUUACGGUGUUAAAUCAGGAUUGGGGUUUGAAAUUAAAAGUUAGGGUUCAAAGUAGGGCAUCAACCUCGGUGAAAGUUUCAGACGAGGGUUAGCAUUUCAAAUGAGCUAAAUCGGGUAAGCAUCAGGUGUGUUUCAUGUAAAGGUUAGGUUUUCGCAUUAGGGAGUGACAAUGCCUGAGAUUUCAAAAGAGGCGGUCAAGCCAGGGUUCAGGUUUCAAAAUUCAGCCCCGAUUUCAAACCUAAGCUUGAAACUUCAACUGAGGCUUCAAAUCGUAACUCGCAACCCUAAUUUGAAGCCCUACCACUACGCUGAAUCCAGGCGUAAUUUGUAACCCUCAUCUUGAUUUGACCCCUGAAUGUUGAACCUGGCCCUUGAAACUCCGCCUCCUGACUGGCAACCCUCGUUGAGAGCCCUAACCCAGCUUUGACACCCUAACCCUUUUUGCAGCCCUACCCUGUCUUUGUUUCAAGCCCUUUGGAAGCCAGUAGCAUAGCACCACUAACUCUUCUUCUUCUUCUUCUUCUUCUUCGUUGGUAAACUCACUUGAUUUCAGUUGUUUAUUUUCUGUGUGUGUGUGUGUACUUGUGAAUAGAGGCAACCGGGGACUUUGGUGUCAUGACACACUCACGCCCGGGAGACUCCGCGCACGCUGGAUUUGAUUCCAAUGUCACUACUGUACUGCUGUGUGUGUGUGUGCGCGCGUGUGUACAUUCGGCAGAUAACCCGAUCAUAUGACAACCUCUAAAAGGACAUGUAGACAUACAUCAUGUAUGUGUAUAUCGACACGUGUGUCUAUUCUGUGUGGUUUAUAGGGAAGCCUUAUAGUCCGCGCACGCACGCACAUAUUGAAAUGUGUGGGGACGUGAAGUGUGUGUGUGUAUGUGUGUGUGUGUGCGUGUGUGUGCGUUUUCUAUGCAAGUCGUGUGGAGGGGCGUGUUGUCGUCCGCACUGUGAAUCUUUUUGCUACUUUCUAUUUUUCUACCAGCAGCGCCGCAAAACUCAAUAAAACUUCAAAAGGACAAGCGUGCGUGGACGCAACCACAAAAAAAAA